UCUCUCUCUCUUAUGAUAAAAGCCAUUUCUACUUUCCUCUCGCACCGCUUUGUAUCUACAUUGAAACUUUUCCCCAAAAUGUCUUUUAUUCCCGUCGAUGCCGAAAGCCAUUUCCCGAUCCAAAAUCUACCUUAUGGCGUUUUCUCAACAGAAGAGAAUCCUCACCAUAGAAUUGGUGUUGCCAUUGGUGACCAGAUUCUGGACCUCAGCGUGGUCAAGCAUCUCUUCACUGGACCAGAACUGAAGAAUUCCCAGCAUGUCUUCGAAAUGGAAACUCUAAACGCCUUCAUGGGCAUGACCCGUGCAGCAUGGUGCGAAGCGAGAGCAACCCUGCAGAAAAUACUGUCAGCAUCGGAAGCAACUUUAAGGGACGACUCGGGGCUCAGGCAGAAAGCUUUUGUUCCUCAGAAUAAAGCGAAAAUGCAUCUUCCUGCCAGAAUCGGUGACUACACUGACUUCUAUUCAUCUAAGAACCAUGCCUACAAUGUUGGAUGCAUGUUUAGGGGCCCUGAGAAUGCCUUGAUGCCAAACUGGACUUACCUACCUGUUGGUUACCAUGGCAGAGCGUCAUCAGUUAUAAUCUCUGGCACACCUGUUCGCAGACCAAAUGGACAAACAAGGGCCGAUGAAAGCAAACCCCCUGUUUUCGGCCCUUGCCGCCUCAUGGACAUUGAACUCGAGAUGGCUUUCUUUGUGGGAGGUCCCUCCAACAACCUUGGCACCAACAUCCCCAUGGCGAAGGCAGAGGAGCAUAUCUUUGGAAUGGUGGUCAUGAAUGAUUGGAGCGCCCGUGACAUUCAAAAGUGGGAAUAUGUUCCCCUUGGACCAUUCCUUGCUAAAAGCAUCGGCACCAGUAUUUCUCCUUGGGUGGUCACUAUGGAAGCCCUCAAACCCUUUGUCACAGACAAUCUGCCUCAGGACCCACCAGCACUGCCCCACCUCAGCCAUCCGGACAACUACAACUUUGAUAUCAAGCUGGAUGUCUCCAUAAAAGUUCCUGAUGCAUCAGAACCUGCCGUUGUCUCUCGUUCCAACUUCAAGUACAUGUAUUGGACCAUGAAACAACAACUUGUUCAUCACACCAGUAACGGCUGCAACGUGAACGCUGGAGAUUUGAUGGGUUCCGGAACAAUCAGUGGAACGACUGAGGAUUCAUAUGGUUCUCUGUUGGAACUAUCUUGGAAAGGCAGCAAGACUGUGGAUGUAGGUGGUGGUCACACCAGAAAGUUUCUCCAAGACGGAGAUGAAGCUAUCUUAACAGGUUAUUGCGAAGGAAAUGGCUACAAAAUAGGUUUUGGAACCUGCCGUGGUACAAUCCUCCCAGCAAAUCCUAUCUAAACACUAACCUCUGACCUUUCUUCCCUUCAUUGUUCUUUCCUUUUCUGAGGUGGGGGGGCCUUUUGGCUAUUUUUAUCUUGAGUGUUUGUUUGCUUAAUUGACGUCAUUUUAAUUAGUUUAGUUAAUUGGCUUAGUUGAGACAAUUGACGUCUCUCAUUUGCAGAACCUUCUUUAUCAUUCUGCUGUAUUGUUUUACGAAAAAAGCAUGGAAGGGGGG